ACUGACGGCCGUUUCUCUACAAAAGUGAAAAUAAGGACGAGGCAAGUUUCCACAGCUGAUUGAAAUUCUUGAGGCGCCGACCGCAGAAUUCUUAAUCAUGUAAUCUUGAGUUUUUAACACAAAUUUGAAUGAUUAUGAAGGGACAUUUCGCUCGGUUCUGACUCAAACAGCAUGAAAUGAGGACGAGUCUUAUCACUAGACGGAGAAAAACUGCCAAAGAUCUCAGAGGAUAUAAAAUGGGCACUGAUGUGAAUGGAAACGGAGACACUCCGCAGCAGGGUUCAGAUGGAGAGGAGGACGACGACCUGUCGAGGGCCGACGAAUCCGGAAGCAGCUUCGAGCAUCAGGAUGACGUCCCCGUCCCCAUCACACCCCCUACACCUGAGACAUCCUCUUCGUCUGACCACUGUACACAUGACCCUGCCAAAGGUGACGAUGGAGCUAAAGGCGCCAAAUCUUCGUUACUGCAGGGGAUCAAAUUUGCUGUUGUGAUCUUGGGACUUGCACUCAUCUGUCAAUCAUUGAGCUAUUUUGAUAAGAGUAAAUCUCAAACUGAGGCAAUUGAUGUCGGAAAAUGUGAUAGCACAAUGGGAAACAUCCUGGAGAACCUGAAACACCUGCAGACUGAGUUUCCUGGCCAAGAAUCGAAAUUCUGGAACCAGCUGAAAGGUGGCGUCGGGGAUUUGCUGCGGGAGAACAAGCCUCUAGUCAUGCUCCUCAUUCACACUCCUCAAAAUGAUCUAACAGCAAACUGCCUGGCUCACAAGUUGUUGACGUCAUUGGCCCCGAACGCCUCAUCCAUCCGUGCGUCGAGCGUGGAAGAGCUAGAAGACUACGGCAGCCUGGUGGAGCAGCUGAGAACCGAGUUGUCGGACGCGAAAGGCGUCUUUCUCGAAGGUCUGCACAAGCUGCCUGGACAUCUAGCUUUGGCCCUGCACGUGGUUUGCGACCGCGAAAGCCCCCUCGUGGCCGGAUCGGUGGUCGUCAUGACCUUGGAGGUCGCCAGUCUGGACAGAAAGGGGGCUGAGAACGUACUGACUGAUUUGUGGAAGGGCCACAUGUGCGAGGACAAGUUUCCCGCCCUGCUGGUCAGGGUGGCAGCCGUCGUGCUGGCAGUCGAGCCGCACGACACUCUGCCCGAAUCCUGUUAAAUAUGAUCUUGAAAUGUGCCAAAUUGAAACAAAAGCUGUGUUAAUUUUCCAAAUUUAUAUAAUAUAAAUGCAGAUGGUUUCAUUGA